UUGACCUUUGUGUUUGCCCGUUCAAUGGCUCAUGGCUCUUUUUCCCUCUGUUGCAGAUGAUGGGAGGCAAGGGCCUUAAACAGGCCACGGAAACUGCGAUAUUAAAUGCCAACUACAUGGCCAAGCGAUUAGAAAAACACUACAGAAUUCUUUUCAGGGGUGCAAGAGGUUAUGUGGGUCAUGAAUUUAUUUUGGACACGAGACCCUUCAAAAAGUCUGCAAAUAUUGAGGCUGUGGAUGUGGCCAAGAGACUCCAGGAUUAUGGAUUUCAUGCCCCUACCAUGUCCUGGCCUGUGGCAGGGACCCUCAUGGUUGAGCCCACUGAGUCGGAGGACAAGGCAGAGCUGGACAGAUUCUGUGAUGCCAUGAUUAGCAUUCGGCAGGAAAUUGCUGACAUUGAGGAGGGCCGCAUCGACCCCAGGGUCAAUCCGCUGAAGAUGUCUCCACACUCCCUGACCUGCGUUACCUCCUCCCACUGGGACCGGCCUUAUUCCAGAGAGGUGGCAGCAUUCCCACUCCCCUUUGUGAAACCAGAGAACAAAUUCUGGCCAACAAUUGCCCGGAUUGAUGACAUAUAUGGAGAUCAGCACCUGGUUUGUACCUGCCCACCCAUGGAAGUUUAUGAGUCUCCAUUUUCUGAACAAAAGAGGGCCUCUUCUUAGUCCUAAGUUUAAGGGACUGAUUUGAUGCCUCUCCCCAGAUCAUUUGAUAAGCAGGAAAGAUUUUAUCUCCCACCCCAGCCUCAAGUAGGAGUUUUAUAUACUGUGUAUAUCUCUGUAAUCUCUGUCAAGGUAAAUGUAAAUACAGUAGCUGGAGGGAGUCGAAGCUGAUGGUUGGAAGAUGGAUUUGCUUUGGUAUUCUGCUUCCACGUGUGCCAGCUGCCUGGAUUGGGAGCCAUUUUGUUUUUUGCAUAGAAAGUUUUAGGAACUUUAACUUUUAAUGUGGCAAGUUUGCAGACAUCAUAGAGGCUAUCCUGGAGACUUAAUAGACACAUAUUUGUUCCAAAAAAGUCCACGUGGACUGUGCCAUCUGUGGGAAAUCCCAGGGCAAAUGUUUACAUUUUGUAUACCCUGAAGAACUCUUUUUCUUCUAAUAUGUCUAAUCUGUAAUCACAUUUCUGAGUGUUUUCCUCUUUUUCUGUGUGAGUUUUUUUAUCUGCAUUUAUUAGUAUUCUAAUAAAAGCAUUUUGAUUGGAAGAAU